AUGGCUGCGCCUGCACCGGGCACCGGGCGCUUGCGCUGGCUUGCAGGAUCUGGAUUGGCAACCUCCCCGAGGAUGCGACUUGGAAGGAUCUGCAGACCUUGGGAAACACCGCGGGCGCCACCCGCUGGGUUGAGGUCUUCCGUGGCAAAGGCAAGGGCACGGGCAUGA